CCCUACUCUUUUUCUCUGCAUUUUAUUCCUCUCUUUUCUCUUUUUGCCGGUUGAUUGUUUCUCGGGAGAUUUUUGGUUUGUUCAAGACGCCAUUUUCCUGCUCAGACCUAGAGGUUGAGAUUGGAAAUUGUUCCUAUGAUCAGCUCAUAUCGUACAAUGCACUUGCAGAGCAUGUGUCGACACCUAGUAUGUUAACAUUACAGAAACUCAACUUUUAGAUCUUCAGUUGUGAGAAAGCAGUCUGGUGAGAGCUUCACCGGCAGAGGUCUUGGUUAAUCAUUUUCUCCAUCAGGAUUUGGGACUGUUGCUUUCCCUUAAGAGAUUUAGAGGGUAUAGUAUAGAAAAGGAGUGUUUCUUACUUCGGGAUACCUUUAUGUAAAAACAAACAAAGUAAAAGAAAUGGCAGCAGCUCUGGUUUACCAGUUAUUCUCGUCGUCAGCAUUGGUGUCCCUAGGAGUGUACCACAUGGCAGGGUCGACUCGCCUCUACCUGAAGUUCCCUCAGUCCUACUCUGCUAAACCAUUCCACCCUUUCCCUUUUUCCUCGUCUUCUUCUUCUUCCCGCCUUAAGCACCUGCAGCUCUAUCUCCUCCUUGCUGGCCUCCUCGUUGCCCUGGCCCAUUACUGCCUAUCCUCUUUCUACUCCGAUCCGCUCCUCAAGGGCCGUACCCCUGUCCACCAAUUCACCUCCUUACAAUCAGCCACUGUGUGCUUCCUAUUCAUCUUGCUCGCACUUGCCCUCCUUCUUUCCGAUUCCUUCCCCUCACUCCUCCCCCUCCCGAACGAUCUCUUUUUCGCCUUGGGUGCUGCUUUCUUCUUCCUCCUCUCCUAUAUUUCCUCCUCUGCCGCCUCCCUCCAGACCUCCGACCUCCAAGCCAAGUGUGACUCCCUCUCUGCCCGAGUCUCAGCCAUCGCCGCCCUCUCCUCUGUCGCCCUUGCCUGCCACCCGAGGCUCUUCCUUGCUGACCUUGGCCUCGGUGCUUCCCUUUGCCUCCAGGGCCUCUGGAAGCUGCAGACUGGGCUCUCCCUUUACGUGGAUGCCUUCAUACCUGAAGGCUGCCACCGCCUUCUUGAUGUUGUCGGCGGCAUUGAAGGUUCUACCAAGUGUGACUUGCAGGAGUCCAGCCUCAGAGCUGUGGCCAUUCUGGAUUUGGCCUUCUUGCUGCACGUCCUCUUUGCUUUCCUCAUUCUGCUGGUCACCUACAUUGUUGUUUCCAAGAGCGUCGGAGUUUGGAGAUUGGGGUCUUAUGAAGCCUUGCCCACUACUGUCCACGACCAUAACCAUAUUCAGCUGAAGUCUAUGACCGGCACCCAGGCCUAGACUUGACACUGCCCAACUCCGUCUGCUGAUUAGCUAUUUUUGGUGAUGAAUCUUUUUUCCCCUUCAUUCUUUACUUCAAGUACUUGGACCUCCUUUUUUUUUAGGAUUCUGGUUUAUUUUUGAGAUAUUCAUUCUCUGUGAUCUCUUGGGGGUUGUUUUAGAUGCUUUUCUUAACUUUUAGUCUUUUCCAACUCUGGGUGACUACUGCCAUAAUAUUGCGUUAUGCUUCCUGACAA